AAUGGUGACGACAUGGCCAUGUGGCGCAACAAGCCAACAAGUUGCUGGUUGCUAUGCCAGCCAGCCAGGCAUAAGCGAGGUGCGUGGCGGUGUUCUGAAACAGUUACAGUCUUUCAGUGUUUAGUGUACCAGAAGAGUUGUGUAGUGCCAGUACGGCCGGCCAGCUAUAUGCCAACUGUUGGGGUGAAAAGCACGAAAAGCGCACCAUAGCUGUUCUGUGGGACCGACUUGUUGUCCUAUCGACUCGUUGUUCGCGUCAGCGAGGCUGCCGGCCGGACGUAACGUCGAAGGAUGCGUGUUUAGUCACUGACUUGGCGGGUACGACUGAUAAAAGAAAAUGGUGAGCGGAGAGCCAGUGGAGGACUUGCGGUACCUGUUCGACUCGCUCUGCGUCGACGACGAAGGCUACGAGUCGCCCGAGCACGAGGAUGACGGCGACGCGAACUACGCGAGUCCUACAGUGCGGCGCCGAGGUCCCCUGCGUCACGAGACGGCGCCUCGACUAUGCCCGCAUCCGUAUCGUUAUGGCAGCACCGACGACUGGCGGAGCCCCUCGCCCGACUACCGGUCUUCAUCGGUAGACUCGGCCGUUUCGCUGUCUCCACCGGCAUCGAACGAAACUAUUCACAGCACCGCAAGCAGCGGCACUGAUGUGGAGCACGGCGAUCCCGAGAAACAAGCAAAACUAGAGGCGAUCUUGCAAUUCCUACAUGAAGGCGAGCCCGAACCUUUGCCAGUCGUUGAACCCUUGCCAGUCGUUGCACCCCUGCCAGUAGUUGUUGAAGAGCUCAACCGCGGGGCUGCCUCUCGGUUCAAGCCCAUCCGUCCGCGAGAAAAAGACAGUGUUUGCAGGGACAAGGACCCUGUCAGCCCUCCUGCCAAGCAUCCCGACCCAGAGUGGCCUCAGCAGGCACGUCUGCGCAAGGCGCUGUCCCUGUCCGCAUGCAACCAUGCAGCCGGUAUUGUUGCACUGCUGCAAGCCCAAGGCAGCCUAAUGGCUCGAGACUCACAGGGCCGCACGCAUCUUCACGAGGCUGUGGCCUGUGGGAAUCUGGCACUGGUCUACAGGUUGGUGGUGCGCCUUCGCCAGGACAACUCCAGCAGACUCCUAGAAGUGUGCGACCUCAAUGGACAGACAGCACUGCACUACGCGUGCCAGCUGCGACAGGCCUUAGUCGUGGGCCUGUUGUGUGAGGCCGGGGUCCACCGGGACAUGCGGGACAAAAAUGGUGCCACAGCCAUGCACCUGGCUGCAGAGCGGGGAGACCAUCCAUGUGUUGAGCAGCUGCUGGCACCCCCGUGCCCUGGCUCCGUCAAUGCCCAAGAUGUCAAAGGACGCACACCACUUCAUCUGGCAGUUCUUUGCCAUGGAGGAAAACUGCGCAACGAAAGCAGCAGAGGCCAGCAGCCAGCAUAUGAGAGAAUUGACUGCCACACGGUGGUCAAGCUGCUGGCCACCACAACCAAUGCCCAGCUGGGCUUGCAGGACCGGGUUGGAGAGACUGCUUUGCACUAUGCUGCCCAGCACCACAAGGUUGACCUUGUACAGCUUCUGUUGCUGAAUGCGGACAACCCCCGCCACCUGGUUGCCAUUGCCAAUAACGCGGGUGACACAGCACUGCACAUGGCUUGCCGUUCCUCCAGCCGAGAGCAGGACAAGCUGGUGCGCCUGCUGAUGCACCACGGGGCACCCCUGGGGCCACGUAACACGGAAGGAAUGUGCCCAGUUGACCUGCUGCCCCCCGACCAACAAUCGGAGGUGGGCUUGUUGCUGGACAUCUGAAGAGGGCCAAGCAAGGCCAAGCAAGCUGCCUGCCAGGUCCACUGAGCAUAUUUGUUUGGAAUUGUCCAGCUCAUUUGGCUGUGCUUUGACACCAUACACCACUUCUGAUAUCGCUCAUACUCUUUUAACUUUGGCUCCUACCACAUUGCAAGAAGUGUUGAAGUGAAAAGUUUGUGCCUAUUGCUGACAAAGAGCAGCUGGUUCUGGACCCCCUCUGCAUAUUCACUGGGACUGGGAUUCAGAGUGCAGUAAUUAUUGGUGCAUCUGAAGAAGAGCAAAGUUGCAAUAACUUGGACAUUAAGAGGAAGCUUUAGCUCAGGUGCUCCUAUCUAAAUACAUGUGAAACGAAAAUUCGUUUUUCCUGGCAACCACUGCACCAAAUUUGACUAGGUUUGUUGUAUUUAAAAGAAAAACUUAAAGUCUAGUGACUGUUGGUUUCGAAUUUUUAAGCUGGUUCGCCAACUUUCUAUUAAAAAUUGGUAAAAAUCGAAAAUUUUCAAAAAACGAAACCAUCAAGUUUAGAUCUCUGUAACUCAACAACAAAAAAUGAUAGUACAAUUCUGUGAAUUGCAACUAAUAGUAAAUAUAAUGCAGACAAAAUUUAUAUGUUACACAUGAAUAUAAAAACAUUUAAUAAUAUGGAAAUACAGCUUUUGCAGAACCCUUGUAACCUGCAUUACAAAUUCACAUAAGAUGUAACAUGACAUAUCGAUUUUGUCCGCUUUGAAUGAUCUAAUGGAUGCCGUUUACAGAACUGCGAUAUCCAUUCUUGAUGCUGCGCAAUUAAUUUGUAAACUUCGUGCUUCUAUUUUUUUCAAACGGUCGAAUAUUUGAAAAUAUUUUUAACAUAAUUCAAGCCCUAAAUCGAAAUUCCGCUUGCAACAGUCACUAGAAUUUAACUUUCUCUCUCAAUUGCAACAAAUUUCAUUAAGAUCGGUCCAGGGGUUAUCUCAAAAAAGGCGUUCUUGCGUUUUACAUGUAUUUGAAUAGACCGCGUUGGAGUUGGGCCCAAGUUAAAGCUUCCUCUUAAGGCAGACUUAAAACACUGUCUUGGGAUAGGUUCACCACUGAGUACACUGGAAAGUUGUGCCGGUGUGCAUGCCUUUACUGCUGCUCUAACACCUUUUGAGAAGCAUCAAGUUGCUUGGUCGAGAUUGUGACACCCACUGACACAUGCUUUACUGUGAAGGUGGAACAUACCUAAGAUAGUUUGACGUGUCAGAAGGCUGCAAACGAUUUCAACCCAGUUCUGUGUUUCUAUACAGAUGAAAAUGUCCACGAAAUAGAAAAGUAAAAGGGAGAAUGUGUAGAAGCAGGCUACAAGCAUAGGUGAACACUCUCUUCCAAUGCCCUCGCAUGUCUUUGACAUCAUGCUGUUGCCCAGAUGGUGCAUGCACCAGGCAAUGGCAGUGAUUGGGCAGCCCAAGCACACGACCCAAGCAAAGACUGACUCUUUUCAGUUUCUAUGAAUCAUGGACCUGAGACAUUGUACAAAGGAGGUUUCUCCACCAGUCACUCUCUUGUAAUUUAAGUGCCAUUUUUCUUUUUUCUUUUGAAGCAGCAGUGCUGCAUCUUGAAAUCGUCAGCACUGCACUUGUGUGAUUUGCUGUAAUCGUCCUUCCGCAAGAUUUUUUUCUGUCAUUUAUUAAGCAGUGUAGUUGCCCUCCCAUUGAGAGGUCACAUGACCUAGGUUAAGUCAUGCUCAUUUGAGUGCUGUUCUUAAAGUGGGCCCAGAGGUCCACUCAAAACAGCUAUCUGUGGUUAGCUCACUGGUGAGCUUUCACUUUGUGUUAAUCAUUCAGUGCAGUGAAGCAAGCAAAUCCAUGCCCUAAGCAACUAUGCAUGUCCUAAUGUUUUGUUGAUAGUUCUGCUCAGCAUUAUAGCUUAUAAUUGUUCCUUAGCAUGGGUGCUGAUUGACAUGCGGUUUCUGAAACACUUCUCCCAGCAUCCCAGUUGCUUGCAGGCUUUGGUUUGCAUAGGGUAAAAGGCACUGCACUCUGCUGGCUGAUAUUGUUACCAUCAAGUAUCAUAUGGUGCUAUUAUUUUUUGCUGCAAUCUUAUAGUACAGCUUUGCAUGCACUAAGCUAGCUGUGGUACUCAAGCAUGGAAAUUUGUCUGCUAGGUUCCCAUGUUCAUCCUGUAUGUACAAAAUCAUUUUUGAUUCCAUAGUGGGGUGCAUAUUGUUCCAACAAGACCAAUGCGUAUGAUAUGGCUCACUUGCUCUUCAGAGCAGACCACAGGCUCAUGUGCAGCACUGGAGUUGUAUAAAGUCUGUAAUGUACAGCUUUAGCACAGCGUUGCACGUAUGCAUCCAAAACAGCUAUGGCAUCCUACUCAUAUCUUCAAAGAGGCCUUUAGCAAACUGUUCUACAUCUCCAAAGCAUUGACAACGGUCAAAUUUUGCAGCACUAUCUGGUAGGCUGGAAUCGAAGCACUUACAGCAGCACUGAUAUCUUUUUAAGCAUAGCAGUGCAAUACCGGGCAACUUGUCUCUUGAAAAGAACAACAAAAAAUUGUUGACAUUUAGUUCUUGAAGUGAUUAGGCUAAAUGAAAGCUUAUUUUAUCAUUUGCUUGUUGCGCAUGCAAUGAAGGGGAAAUAGUAAAGGUUAUGUAGAAGAAAGGGGCUGCCCUGUAUGGCACAAUGUUUUUAUGUUAGCUAUGCAAUCCAUACAAAGUUUGUCAUACUAAAUAUAAAAGAUGACAUGCAUAAGUAACUUGCAAAGAACUGCAUUGUGUUCUGCACUGCACAAUUUGGACAUGCUAUUUGAUAAGGUAUCCAAGGGCCUUGCAUAUGCUCUUGUAAAACUCUGUAUAGUGCAGAGUAAUUUGCUUGAAGUGAUUCUAAGACAACACUUUCAUGAAUUGACAAAGUACUUUAAAGAUCGUACAGUAUGAUGGAGGGUGGUGCCUAACAGCAUCAACAAUUGGCCCUCACAUCUUCACUUGUGCUUUGAUGCCUCAUCUCCUUACUGUGUCUGCGACUGACAUGAGAGCCAUGGAUUGCUGACCAUUUAUGUAACCACAUUGUCACACUUUAUACUUUUUAUCAUUCCACACUACUGUAUGAUCUCCAUUUUUCUUGUGCAUCAUAGAUUUGUGCUUGUUUCUGUGUGUUUACAUUCAUUGCUUGAGAAAACUUAACUUGUUGCUCAGUUAGUUAGUUGUUUUAGUUAUUUGUUGGCAUGAACUGUGCACAGUCAUAGCACUUGGCGAAACGUUUGUGGCUAUGUGUAGUAAACAAGCAGAUGUGUUAGUUUAAUGUGUAUCCACGAUGCAAAUUUAAGAAGGUGAUAUUCUGUGGCAGAAAGGACCACAUUGAGCCAGCAGAGAGUUAUGGAAUUUGCUGUUGUAUAUGGAAGAGAGGCCAUUAAUCAUAUCAUGCCGAAUAUGCCAGCUCUCAUUGCAUCACCGAUGGUAAACAGCAUUGUGCUUUGUCAGUACUUGAGAAUGAGACCAGCUCGCGAUGCUAAGCAUUGCUGGCUUCGCUUUGGCCGCAGUGUAUAUAGAUGCCCACAAUAAGUGAAAGAGGUUCGGUGCCACGGCAAGAAGUGUUACCUUCCUCCAACUCUAAAACAAGCACCCUUAUGCUACAGGCAAAAUGCUGUUCUAACACGUCUGAAGUGUAUGUAGAUUUGCACAUAAACAGCAGGAAGCAUGAAUCAUACAGAUUGUCAUACUGAUAUACAUAGCUCUGUGUACAGUAAACACUCCAUGCCUUCAGGGGGGCUACAGUUGAACCCGUUAAUAAUGAACUUGACGCCUGCCUUGUUUGCUUAGUGGCUAUGGUAUUGGGCUGCUAAGCAGGAGAUCGCAGGACUGAAUGCCGGUCACGCGGCAGCCACAUUUUGCUGGUGGCAAAAUGCGAAAACACCGGUGCACUUGGAUUUAGGUGCAUGUUAAAGAACCCCAAGUGAUCCAAAUUUCCUAAGCCUCCCACUAUGGCGUGCCCCAUAAUCAGAAAGUGGCUUUGGCACGCAAAAUCUCAUAAUCUAAUUUUAAUUUUAAUUAACUCAAUAAUUCCACAAAAAGUGGUCUUUGUAUCAGCAGUUUGUUAUACAGUCGAACCCACUUAUAACAAUAUUCAGGUGCCAUGAAAAUUCCAUUGUUAUAACCGAUAAUAGUUGUAACUGGGUUGCAUGAAAAAAUCAAAAUAGGGUGAUGGCAGAGCUGUUGUGAGGAAAUUAUAAUGGCAGGGAGGCCAGUGCCUCUCCCCACCAUCUUCCUCCAACCAGCUGCUGAUUGUGUUCACUCGUUUAACUCCUUCCUGGGCGCUCUGAUUGCGUGUAACAAGCCGCGGCUCUCGGCGUUAACGAAUGGCACUGCUGUAACAACCGCAACGAGGUUUCAUGGGUGGCAAGCGAUAUGCGAGUACCGCCGAGGCAUCGCUUUGGUGGCCCCAAAAGGGGCCUUUUAAAUAUUGCGAGAAAUCCAGAAGAAACGCUGAGGUGGGAUCACCACAAGCAUCUCGACACGUACUUCUCACUGACUUUCACGAGAAAACCCCAAGUCCCUCAGCCUUGCAUGCUUUAUGUGAAGCUUGCCGACAUCCUUCUCCAAGGCAUCCAGGUGCUCCUUGUAGUGCAGCGGAAGGUUCCUCGUGAUAACAAAGCCCCGGAGUGAGGGAAACAUCUGCCGGGCCUCCUGUGAGGACAACGUUGAGGCAGUGUGCCCUACCAUGUCAUUGCUGCCGUCAUCGCCGUCGCUAUCUGAUGCAAGCACAGUCGCGCUGAUCGCCUCAUCGGUUAGAAGCACUUAGUUUCCAAAUCUACAGCCGUGCGCUUUCUUUUCACCAGUAACGUCGCACAUUGCCAAUGAUCAGUGGUCGGAUCAGCCAUCUUCAGUUUCGGCGGUGAGAAACUGCGUGGCCAGGAAUGAUUUCGGCGCAAACAACGAAGACCAACGCGAGCUAUUAAACAUUUGCAGAACUGCACUGAAUGAGGAGCCAGCAAGCAACCUACGAGCAGCGCAGUUGGCGUGGUCCAUUCAUGUUUCAGAGGGUGGGGCGGCUUAGAGCUGUGGGUGUAACCAAGCUGUGUGCACAGCCCAUUCCUGUUCAGAGAGGAGAAGGGUGACAGGAGAGAGGCGCGCGGAGAUGGCUAGAAAAUGAGCGCAUGGUGGCUGUUGGAGCAGCGGCCCAUCAUGAAAGGGCUCGAAUUUCUCUUUUUUUUUUUUCUUUUCAAGGUUUUGCAUUUCACUACCGUUCGGUUCAGACAUCUAGCAGCCAAACUUUGUUGUUACAACCAAUAAUGCGGCAUCAGGGCAUCGUAGUAAGCGAGUUAUUUCACCAUGGAAAACAUACAGAAGUUGAUGGUGCAGCAGCUUCCCAUUGUUAUAAUCGAUGUAUUUUUAAAGCCGGUAUUAUUAUAAGUGGUUUCGACUGUAUGUGGACUCGCCCUUCAAAAUGCACAAAAAUUAAAGACACUGCAGCUGGCAUUGGCAGUUACGAUUCAACACCACAUUGGUCCGAAAAUUGAAUUUCGCUGCUUUCAUUUUUGUUCCUGACACUUCUAUGCAUGUAAUUGCAAAUUUCCUUUAAAAACAAUAAACAUUAACGAAUGAAAAGCCUCUUUGAAACGGUGCCCAGCCGGUUCCGAUCACCUGUCAUUUAGAAACUACGAGUGCAUUCACUUCAUUGUUUGUUUGAGAGCUUGUGAUAUAUGUUACUAACAGUGCGACAUGAGUGGAUUCUGAAUACGAUAGAGUAGCAUUCUAGUUGGCUGGAAGAGGAAACUACUGUGGCAUACGAGCAUUUUGCAAAAGUCUUGCCGCCAUGGCUGCAGCAUCGGCCACACUUACGUCGUGCGCCGCAAGGUUACGUUUUUCCUUUUUCUUUUCACUUUGACCAAAAAAGCGCGAAGUUCUAAAGGUAGAACACCAUCGUGAACCGUUAUCAGCAACAACGUAAGCAAAUGGUCGACAAACCAUAACCGCCAACACUUUGCGUGGCAGUGGCCUGUCGAGCCGUGUUCAUGCUGACUGUGGUUGCCUGAGUAGGAACCUCACAUGCAUCCUCCUUUUACAGCUACAGGGUUUGAAAUGUUAGUUGUGAUAGCACAGCGCCUUACUUUUGAAAAUGUUCAUUAUACCUGGAUGCAGUAUUUCAUUUUCUAUUCUUCUUUCCUUGUCAUCUAUCAUACCAAAUGAUAAAUCACAGUGAUAACGGUUGCACAAAGGUAGUUGAGCCAACAAUAAGGCCUAAAGAAUGUAUAGUGGAAUUGCUCAUUACAGAAUAUGGCUCCUAGGUUUGUUUGUAUCAAGCAGGAUGCCAUAAGAGUGUUGCCUUAAGUUUUUAAGUGCCACAACCGUCUUAAUCAUAAUGCUAAGAGAAAGACUUCAGCUUGAGCUCUCAGCUGUGCAUUUAUUAAGUGUACAAAUGCUCUCAUGUUGCUGUUGCAGCUGCAGUGCUUUGGCUUCAGUUUGGCCCGCCAGAAAAAUAAACAGUUCAAUUGUUCAGAUUCCAAGCGUCAGUAUGAAACCUAAGCACCAAGGAGUGCUGAAAGUGUCAAAUGAAAGCCAGAAAUGUUUAAUGUUGCAUUAUUUCAAUGAUUUCAAAAGCAUUAAAUUACAUGUUAUGUCAACUUGUCCUCUUUUCUAUAUCUACAUAACUUUGCAUUUAGAACAGUUCAACGUAGAAUGUAAAGCCCUGAGGCAGAGCUUUAUUGUAUGCCUACACUUUCUAUGAAGUCUUCCAUUGGGUGAAAUCAUAUUUUGCUUCAGUCACUGCAGGUUUUAUAUGUCGCGUAAGCUUAGCCUUAGCUUAGCCUUAGUUGGGCAAUAUUUUUCUGCUUGAGGGUGCUCAGCUUCACUGAUCCGUGUGAAGCAGUGCGAAUAUUUUGUUUUUAUUGUUGUUUCUAUGUAAUGCAUUAGUGUUUAGAAAGAUGUGGACUUUUUCUGUAGUGCCUGUUUACUUACUGCACUUACUGAAUUUUUGCACUUCACUAGAUGUAAUGCCUUGCUGUUGCCACUGCUGUUGCCACUGCUGUUGAAGUUUUAAUGUGCUUGCAUGAACCUGCAUGCAUUCAAUUCUGUGUAAUACUUCACUGUAAUGAAACUGGCUGCAUAAACUUUAUCAUAGUUUCCAGUGGAAA